GCGCAAUGGACGGCAUCAUGGCAACGGCAGGCAAAGUCCCUCAGAGUGCCGACGAGUGGGAUGCCAAGUACAAAGCAGCGGCAUGCGACUACUUUGACUGGUACCUGAGCAGUGCAGAGCUCCAACCGCACCUUCAAACCAUCUUGGACCGCUACGAUGCGAGCUGCGAGAUCUUCGUCCCAGGGUGUGGCAUGUCUGAGCUGGCCUUUCAUCUGUACGAGAUGGGAUAUGAACAUGUGACAAAUGCCGACACGUCGGCGAUGGCCAUUCAGCGCAUGGCACGCGAGCAAGACCGCCGUCGUGCCACGGCGAUGGAAUGUGUUGUCUUGGAUGCGAUCAACAUGCCUGACGUCCCCGACCAGUGUUUCGAUGUGGUAGUGGAUAAAGGACUCCUUGACACCGUCCUGUGUGGUGCCAACAACAUUGAAAAUGCCGUCGCCCUCGUGCACGAGCUCCAUCGCGUUCUCAAAGUCAAUGGGACGUUCGUGCUCAUUUCGCAUGGGCCCCCGGACACACGACUCCACUACCUGACCCGAGAAACUCUCGAGUGGACAGUCCACCCCCCCACACCCAUAGAGCGGGCUGGUCGCGACGGCUGCAUGACGUCGUUGGGUACCCCAAGGCUGUGCUACAUGUACACUUGCCACCGUCAAUUGUUGUAAUGGGGAUUGCGGCCACCCUCUCGUCGCAGGGACGGCCUUAACGUUUUAUCCUUGCUUGAAUGAAAUCCCGUUGUCCUUGCUUGCA